CAGCGUCCAGACCGCUCCGAACAGCACACAAAACAUUUUAUUCAAAAUUUCAGCCCCAAAUUUAAGUUCGCAAAAAUCAAGUUUUUGGCAUUAAAAUUGAGAAACAACGAAAAUGGUUGGCCUUUCGUUAGUGCGCGAUUUGCUGCUGCCACAAAGGCUGCUGCGUGCCAUGGGGCAGUGCAGCCGUUUGUCGUCCUCGUUUAAGGGCUGCCAGGAGGAUCAGGAUUCCAGAUGCAAGAAGACGGGCACAAAGUCUCCCUGCGGCAGGCCGAAGCUGCAGCGCAAGAAGCCAAAGCCCAAGCCCAAACAGAAAUUCAAGUCAAUGUGGCUGAAUCCGUUCUGUGAUCCCCACGAGGCUCACUGUCCGUUCAAUCCCCGCUUCGAUGACAUCUACUACGUGGAGUCGGACAAGGCGAAGCGUCGCUACUGGCAGACCUGGGUCUCGUGUCCACCCAUGAAGAUGAAGGAGAAGAAAAUCUGUUGCUUUGAGCGUGCCAGGGGGCCGCCAGUGAAGCGUCGCAAGCAUCGCAAGCCGAAGACCGCCUGCGAGCCGCCACCGUGCCCGGACCCAGACUCGCUGGACUGCCCCAAGUUGAAGCGUCGCUGCCACAGGAAGGGGCGCAUACCGCCCUCGUGCAUAGCCUAUCCUUCGCCCUCGGAUUGCCGCAAACCUCUAACACCCUAUCCCUCAUUCUCCGAGUGUCGCAGACUCAAACCUGGGGCGCUGCCCCUCAGCGAGUGCGCCUGCUACAAGAGUCCCAUGAUGUGCGAGGCCUGGGCAGAGUUUCGGCUGCGCGCACUACGGAAAAAAUAGCAAAAUUAACGGAGCAAGGUCUGGAUCUGUGGGUUUUUACAUGGAAUAAAUAAAGGAAAGUUGCGAACUUAA